CCUAAGAAAAGAUGACUCCCCGCAAUCUGCGAAAGAAGUUUGAGUGUUGGUGUUGCACUUCGUUCUUUCUACAAACAUAACACACAAUGCCAAUGGCUACCUCACUCGACACUGGCGCGGCUGCCGUUGGCACGUACAAGUACAAGAGAGUCACGUCUCAGCCCGAGAACCCCUUCUCUCGCCUGAUACCCGACCAGACGUUUGUGAUUAUCCCCGAAGUCACACUCGAGUCCGGCGUCGUCCUCCACGAUGUAUCCGUCGCAUACAAGACGUACGGCACUCUAUCACCAGGGCGUGAUAAUGCCAUGGUCAUCUGCCAUGCGCUGACGGGAAGCGCCGAUGUCGGCGAUUGGUGGGGACCCCUGCUUGGAGGCCCUGGCAAAGCCUUUGACACAUCGAGGUUCUUUGUCGUGUGUAUGAACAGCUUGGGUAGCCCAUACGGCAGUGCUAGCCCAGUCACAGCACGAGACGGUGAUGCCUCGAACGGACGCUAUGGGCCCGAGUUUCCGUUGACAACAGUGCGAGACGAUGUCAACAUUUUCCGAUUGAUCCUCGAUGACCUUGGCGUCAAGCAGAUUGCGGCCGUCAUUGGAGGGUCCAUGGGCGGCAUGCUCGUACUCGAGUUUGCUUAUUUCGGGAAGGACUAUGUUCGCAACAUCAUACCCAUCGCUACGUCCGCUCGCUACAGUGCUUGGGGCAUCAGCUGGGGUGAAGCUCAACGGCAGAGUAUCUACAGCGACCCCAAAUACGACGACGGCUACUACGCAUUCGAAGACCCCCCGUCCACAGGUCUUGGGGCUGCGCGCAUGUCUGCGCUAUUGACCUACCGCAGUCGCGACUCCUUUGAGUCCCGUUUUGGUCGCAAUACCCCCGAUCUAUCCAAGAAGCAGAGCAUCAACACCCUACCACGACCGACUACACCCUCAAACGAACACUGGGCGAUCCACAACCACGGUCAUAAGAACGCUGGCUCGCCGCGCUCCUCGGCAUCGAGGACAAACAGCAGUGCUGUAUUGAACACAUCGGCAUCAGCAAAGACCGCCGAUCUAGAGUUCCACGACGCAUCGAGUCCCUCGACACCGCCUAUCCGACGAACCGACUCGACAGCAAGCGCAAAGUCUAAGCCUUUGACCCAACACUACUUCUCGGCACAGUCAUACCUGCGCUACCAGGGCGAGAAAUUCAUCAAGCGAUUCGAUGCAAACUGCUACAUCGCUAUUACGCGCAAGCUCGACACUCAUGAUGUGUCUCGUCAUCGCUAUCCCGAGGGCGAAGAUGAAGACAGCCUUGACCCUGUCUCGGCCCUGCACUAUGCGCUGUCCCUGAUCGAGCAGCCAACGCUCGUGCUGGGUAUUCAGUCUGAUGGUCUCUUCACUUACGCCGAACAGCAAGAGCUUGCCGCGCACAUCCCCAACGCUACUCUGAAGACCAUCGAUUCCCCCGACGGCCAUGACGCAUUCCUGUUGGAAUUCGACCAAGUCAACCGUCACUUGCUCGGUUUCCUGGACGAAUUCCUCCCGGACAUUAUGAACAGGACGCCGAACCCUGACAUCACCUCUAACGACCCCGGCAUGGAGGCUACGAAGACAAGCACCUUUGGCGAAGCCGAGGUCGACGACAUCACUGCAUGGUGAUUUGAUUUUGCAUUUUCAGCGCGGCGUUUUGGAUACAAAGAACGAAUGCAUGGUCCGGCGUCAGUUUUCGGCAUAUGCUUGAAAGAAAGCUGUACGAUAUGAUACGCUCGAUGAGAAGAGCUGAGGUUCAACCCCUCAAUCAACGAUACGAAGUGGAGGUAAAUGAUCAUGUAGAACAAUGGACAGGCG